AUGGCUCUUCCUGCAGUAAACCAGUUUCUUUCGUUAUAUCACGUUGUCCUUCCGUUUGAUUUACAAAUUUCCUACUCUAUCACAAUAGUUAUAGAACAGAAAAACGUCAAUGGUUUACAUGCGGAUGGGCUGAAAUUGAGUGAUCUAGAUUGGAGAGGCAUCAAUGCAUCGAAAUAUGUUUGGACAGUGAUAAAUCUACCAGAUCUAAGCAAGGUUGCAAUAUACCACACUUCUUCCUCGGUGAAGUUCGGUCUCAUUGUGUUUGGAUGGAACUAUCAAUCUUCAUUUGGUUACCCUGGGGGCUAUGAUUUAAACCCUCUUUCACAUGGACCGUCGCCAGGUAAACCUAGAAACGUUUCAGUGGCUGUUAAUAGAAACUGGGAAAUCUGCCUAGACCGUUUGCAGAUUUUGAACGAGACACUUGGAUCAGGUCAAUUCGGCAUCGUAAAGCAAGGGUUAUACACGUCUCUUCAGGAAGAAAAACACAAAAAGGUUGCUGUCAAAAUGUUAAAAGAAAACGCCACGGAACUUGAUCUAUCAGAUCUGAUAACUGAGUUAGAAACCUUGAAAAGAAUUAACAAAGACCUACACCCAAAUAUUGUAAGAUUGAUCGGAUGUUGUUUUUCGAAAGGGAAACUAAUGGUUGUAACAGAGUACUGCUCUCCAGGUAAUCUGCAAACCUUUCUCAGAAAAAGUAAAGUCGAUGACAACUCCACUACAUCUGACUUGCGAAAUGUUCAAAUGAUAUCGACUGUAAGUGGUCGUGAACUAUUGAAAAUGGGUUUGGAUGUAGCAAGUGGAAUGGUGCAUCUUUCCGAUCUGAAGUUCGUUCAUCGUGAUUUGGCUGCAAGAAAUAUUCUCCUUAGCUGUGAUGUGGCAAAAAUUUCAGACUUCGGGCUGACAAGGGAUAUUGCAAAUGUUGAGGAAUACAUACGAACAAACCAGGAUCUACUACCUAUUAAAUGGAUGGCUUUGGAAAGUUUACUUUAUGGUCGCUUCACAAUUUCUAGUGAUGUGUAA